AUGGCCAUAUCUAGGCUAAUGGUCUAUGUGCAUCAAGUUGAAGAGAAGAAGCUGAGGGACAGAGAGGAAUACCGAAACAAGAAAGAGAAGACUGGGAGUGAGUGUGGUCAACAGAAGGGUGGUUCAAGUAGACCACAAUUUCACAAAUCAAAGGGGCAUGCACCACAAUCUGCUAGUGCACCUGCGCCCCAGAAACCGAGAAACCACCCUGGAGAUUGCCGUAAUGGCCAGAUAGGUUGUUUGAAGUGUGGUCAAGAGGGUCACUUCAUGAGAGAGUGUCCCAAGAAUAAGCAAGUUGGUGGAAAUCCAGGCAAUAGAGCUCAGUCUUCAUCAGCUUCUCCACCAGGCAGGGCUUCACCUAAGGGAGCUACUUAUGGUACUGGCGGAGGAACAAACCGCUUGUAUGCUCUCAAUAAUUGCCAAGAACAAGAGAACUCUCCAGAUGUUGUCACGGGUAUUAUCAAAGUAUUUACUUAA